AUGAAAGGAAGCUGGCAAGUGACUGAAGAAGUUAAUCAUCAAGCUCUUACUCGUGCUUUUCCUGAACAAAAUGAAUGUCUAGAAUUUAUACAAAAAUUGAAAAAGUAUUUUUUUAUAAAAAAUGAGAUUUAUUCUGAAAUUGAAAGUAAACUACCAAAAAAUAGAAAACAUAAAUUAUAUCCUGAGGUUCAAAAUUUCAAAAAAGAUAAAUUUAAUUGGCCAAAGAAAGGUGCUGUUAUAGAUUAUCAAAAACUGUGUAAAUCUGAAGAAGAGAUUAUUGAAGAAUUUCAAGAUGUCUCUGAAACUGAAUCAGAUUCAGAGGAAUCUGAUGAUGAAUAG